AUGGACUCUAGAAACGCCUCCGGGACCAACACGAUCAGUGCCUUCCGAGAACAGGUCCAGCACCUCACCAAUGAAAACGUUCAGCUGCAAGAUCGCAAUGAAAGGCUGUACGCCAGACUGGGAGAGCUGCAGGAGAAAACAGGGCAGCUUGCCGGGUCAAAGACAGCGCUGUCAUCGAGGCUGGUCUGCAGCGAAGAAGAGAAACUGAAGAUUUCCAAGGACCUGGUUGAUUUCCAGAUCGAGAGCAACAAGAUGAGAGAGCAGUACGAGGAGGAAUGUUUUGAACUGAGGAACACGAUCCUGGCCUUGGAGAAUCAUAUUCUGGAAGUCGAACUCCAUGAUGAGAAGACCACCGGGGAGCGCGACGCCUUGCGGGAAAGGCUGCGUGCCUUAGAGACGAACCACAAGGAGCUGGCAGAUGAAUACCUGGUCCUGAAGAGCAAUUAUCUGGCGCUGAGCAGGGAGCAUGAGCAGGAAGUCACCAAGAACGAAGAGCUGAGCCUAGAGUUACUCAACCUGGCCAACACUAGGAGUUCUCAUCCCCGAGGGCAGGGCAACAGCCCCAAGGCCCGAGGCCAAGCCGACGAGCCUUCUGCCGAACUGGAACGGGUGCGUGCUUUAGUGCACCGUCUCUCUGCCCGCAAAGUGAAGCCAGAAGAUGUGAUUGCUUCGGAACACGAACGUCGGAAACUGGAGAAAACGCUCUUUGGAAAUCAGGAUCACAUCAUCGCAGAGAUGGAAAAGAUGAAGGAAAUGUACAAUUCCCAACAACGGAAACUGGAGGAGAGAAUGGUGGCCAUGGGCAAAGAGCUGCAGGAAGCCAAGAAAGCGAUUCGGAACACGCAGCACAAGCUAGCAGAACAGUCGGCGGUUCUCCUCACCUCCCAAAGCCAGCUCCAAGAAGUCGAGGCUGAGAAUUCCCGGCUCCAAACACAGCUGAAGGAGUUGAACGAAGAGUACCGAUCACGGCUCGUGCAGUACAUCGCGGAUCUGGCGGCAUAUGUCGAUAGCGAGUCGGUGGAGAAGACGGGGGCCGAUAAAGUGCCGUCGGAAGCAGCUCACAUGAAGCGUUUCGUGGACAGCAUGCUGAAGGACAUCCGGGCUUCCCAUCGGUCUCGGGAGGAGCAACUGGCCGGGGCAGCGCGGGGCUACAAGAAACGCCUGCAGAACCUGGUCAAGACGCAUGAGAACCUGUUGAUCGCAUACAGGAUGCAGCGCGAACAGAUCCGGUCACUGGGCAGUGAUGGAAUGGACCCCGGCCCUCCAGAACACCACCUCGCCAUCUCAGACGCUGAGCUGCUGACCAGCACCUCUCAAGAGCUGAACCGGCUGCGGGAAGACAAAGCCAGGCUGGAAGCCGAGCUGCACGAACUACAGAUGAAGGUCAAGUUCAGUGAAAACAGCACAAGGACUUCACCUCCACACAUGCUGAACGAGGAAGGCUGGGCUGAGCUCAGGAAGCAGCUUCGAGAAUUCACACACACCGUACAGGAAGAUCUGGAGAAGGAGAGGAGCCAGCUGCUGGCGCGGGCAAUGGUAGCAGAAGAGCAGGUCGCUGAACUGCACGACUACGUGGACAAGCACCUCGUGAGAUACAAACAAGAAAUUGUGAGGCUGAGGAAACUCCUGGGGACAGACGGCCCCCGAGCCCUGAGUGCCGGAGCUGCCGAUUCUCCGCCAAUUUUGAAACCCAAAAGGAAUCUGAGCGACGAAAUGUAG